GGUGCAAAAUGAAAAAUAACAAAGAUUAAGAAACCCUUGUUACAUGCAAGACACAAAUUUUGGUUAUAUGAACAUGGCAAGUUUCGCGGGAAACAUUGGCUUCAAAAUCUCGUCUCAGCUUCAACCUCGUGUUUUUUCAAUUCCCAGGAACAUUUGGAAGUUUCAGAAUGGUUGCUUCAAGAGUAGAGACUUUAGUUCUUGUUGUGUUACUGUUAGGUACAUUCGUCGUAAUCAUAACACAUCAUGCAGGGUGAAAAUGAAAAUUCCUCAUUUGGAAUAUUGUAGCUUUGCUGAUGGUAGUGUAAUUAAGUUAGAUGAUGGUAAAAUUGGGCGUGCGACGAUUGCACAUUAUGAAACUCGAAAUCCAGAUGAAGUUAACAAUGAGUUACUCUUUGAUGAUAGUGAAGAAGGUUCUGAACAAAUGGAAGAGGUUGGAGAGUUGACAGGAGACUCUUGUGAACAGGAUUUCAUACGAGUUGACAAAUUUACCAAUGAUGCUGAGCAAUCAGCUGUCAAGUUACUUGCAUCUAGGGCACUCACAGCAGUUGAGUUGAGAAAGAAAUUGCUUAGCAAGAGAUUCUCUCCUAAUGCAGUGGAGGCGGUAAUAAACAAGCUCCAGAAACAAGGGUUCAUCAAUGAUAAGUUGUAUGCCGAAUCAUUUUCUCAAUCUAGAUGGUCUUCGUCUACUUGGGGGCCAAGACGGAUCAAACAAGCACUGUUCAUGAAGGGAGUUAGUCAAGCUGAUGCUGAAAAGGCAGUUGAAGUGGUUUUUAAGGACAACAAUGAUUGUGUUGAAGAUGAUAAGUCAAUUGUUGGCUUGUCAAAGCAAUCCAUGGAUCAUCUUUAUGUUCAAGCCUCAAAGCAGUGGUCAAGAGGUCAGAAUGUUCCGUUGGAGACGAGAAAAUCAAGGAUUAUUCGAUGGCUUCAAUAUCGUGGUUUUGACUGGAAUGUCAUUAGCAUGAUAUUAAAGAAACUAGACAAGUAUGAGCAGAAUCCUCCAUAAUGCACACAAUUGGAUUGUGACAUCAAAAAAUUCAUACCAAUCUGGAUAUCCAUUUGGUAGGGUCCAUAGUCCAUAGUCCAUAAUAUAUGUUUCAUGAAUUGUAUGUAUACACUAUAUAGUGUGUAAUAUGGUAGGGUUAUCCAUUGUCUCAUAAUGCUAUGACAAUAAAACUAGAAUGUCAUUGCUUCAAUUUGGAUCAAAGCUAUAAUGCAUCUUAGCACACAAACAUGAGUCAUGACUUCACUUGUCUGAAUACAUUGAAGAUAACUUUCUUUUCACAUUGAUGAUGAAUGAGAUAAUGCAGCAAGCACUACCACUUAGGAGGAAA